AUGGCUUUUCGAUUAAUGAACCAACAUGGUGUUAAUGAACCUAUAAAAUUAAUAUCAAUGUGCCCAACAAUGGAUUUGCUUGCAGUUUGUACUGAAACAGAUUCCGUUUGGGUAGCUAGGUGGUUUAGUGCCUUAGAAAAAAUUUGGACUUUGCCAGCUGGAAAGCAUGGCAAUGACAAAGUAGAGGCAUUAGCGUGGAGACCCGACGGAAAAGUAAUUGCAUUAGGAUAUUCAAGCGGAGCUAUUAGACUAUAUAACGUUGAUAAACUGGAAAUGAUACAUGAAUUGUUUCCUCAACCUAUUGAUCCGCAACAAUCAUUUGAAUCAAUAAAACCAUCUGCAAUAAAUUUUCUGAUUUGGGUUCAGGAGAAUGAAAACGAUAGUGAAAACGUGAACGAACAACAGAUCAAUUAUAUUAGUACACAUCCUAUACAGAAGUAUUUACCUAAACUUAGCACAAUUCCGCGUGCAAAACCAAUAAGUAAUCUGUUGGGAAACAUAAACGAAUCUCAUGAAGAUGAGAUUGAAAAUGAAAUAUCUAAUCUUAUAGAUUUACUUAUAGCGGGAGACACGUCCGGGAACUUACAUCUAAGCGUGAAGAUUAUAAAUGCUUCAGUUACACCAGAUCUCUCUCACAUCACAUUGUUGGUUCUCGCAAGUUAUACAUCCGUGGUAACCAAAACUUCAGCAAAUGAACGAUUAGUUGAAAUUACUCUUAACACGGGAUUGCUUUAUACACAUAAAAAUGAAAUAAGAACUUUAUCUCAAACGUAUACUAUUAUCAAAUACUUGACAGAGUAUAUAUUUGAAGGCAUGAAACAGAUCAAGGCAGAACACGAAAGUAUGAAAGCAAACGCAAAGAUAUUUAUUGAUAAAUUUCAAUUAGUACUAUCAGAAAGUAAUGAGUUUAUACAUUAUCUAGCCUCUGGAAAACCGAGUUCUUUGCUACACAAAUAUCUGGAAAUGCAUCUUACCAAAAGGGGGCUGAAGGAUUGGGAAAGUAAAGGCCAAAAGUCUUUUGAACAAAUUCGUGAAUAUAUACAUCAUUAUAUUAGGCCAGGUUGCGAAAGGCUGCUUUUACAAUUGAGCACACUGAUUGGAUAUUGUAAAUGGCAGCAAAAGUUCAAGGGUCUUGGAUUGUCUGAGUCAUAUGUUCAUUCUAUUAUAAUUUCUACUGGAUGUCUUGUUAACCGUCUUGAAGAUGUGUUAAAUAUAAUUGAUGAAAAGUACACAAGUUUUAUGGAAUUCCAGCAGUGGCUUCAAUAUGGUACG